GGGUGCGCGGGCGCGGCGGCCGAGCCCCGGGCCCGCCAUGGGCCGCCCCGAGCGGGGCGCGCUCCGGCCGCUGGCGAUGCUGCUGCUGCUGCUGCGGCUCCAGCAUCUCGCGGCGGUUGCAGAGCCGCUGCACGGCGGCCAAGGGCCAGUCAAGGAAUGCGAAGAGAACCAAUUCCGGUGCCGGAAUGAGCGCUGCAUCCCCUCCGUGUGGAGAUGCGACGAGGACGACGAUUGCUCGGACAACAGCGACGAGGACGACUGCCCCAAGACAACCUGUGGGGACAGCGACUUCACCUGUGACAACGGCCACUGCAUCCGCGAGCACUGGAAGUGUGACGGCGAGGAGGAGUGUCCCGAUGGCUCCGAUGAGUCUGAGACCACCUGCACCAAGCAGGUGUGCCCCGAAGAGAAGCUGAGCUGUGGACCCGCCAGCCGCAAGUGCGUGCCGGCCUCGUGGCGCUGCGACGGGGAGAAGGACUGCGAGGGCGGAGCGGACGAAGCCGGCUGUGCCACCUUGUGCGCCCCGCACGAGUUCCAGUGCAGCAACCGCUCGUGCCUGGCCGCCGUGUUCGUGUGCGACGGCGACGACGACUGCGGCGACGGCAGCGACGAGCGCGGCUGCGCCGACCCGGCCUGCGGGCCCCGCGAGUUCCGCUGCGGCGGCGACGGCGGCGCCUGCAUCCCCGAGCGCUGGGUCUGCGACCGCCAGUUCGACUGCGAGGACCGCUCGGACGAGGCGGCCGGGCUCUGCGGCCGCGCCGGCCCGGGGGCCACGUCCGCGCCCGCGGCCUGCGCCGCCGCCUCCCAGUUCGCCUGCCGCAGCGGCGAGUGCGUGCACCUGGGCUGGCGCUGCGACGGCGACCGCGACUGCAAGGACAAGUCGGACGAGGCCGACUGCCCACUGGGUACCUGCCGUGGGGACGAGUUCCAGUGUGGGGAUGGGACUUGUGUCCUUUCAAUCAAGCGCUGCAACCAGGAGCAGGACUGUCCAGACGGGAGUGACGAAGCUGGCUGCCUACAGGAGUCAACCUGUGAGGGUCCCCGCAGAUUUCAGUGUAAGAGUGGCGAGUGCGUGGACAGCGGGAAAGUGUGUGAUGCUCAGAAGGACUGCCGGGACUGGUCAGAUGAGCUCCUGAAAGAGUGUGGGCUGAACGAGUGUCUGCACAACAAUGGCGGCUGCUCCCACAUCUGCACGGACCUCAGGAUUGGCUUUGAGUGCACCUGCCCAACGGGUUUCCGGCUCCUGGACCAGAAGACCUGUGGCGACAUCGACGAGUGUGAAGACCCAGAUGCCUGCAGCCAGAUCUGUGUCAACUACAAGGGCUACUUUAAGUGCGAGUGCCACCCUGGCUACGAGAUGGACACACUGACCAAGAACUGCAAGGCUGUUGCUGGCAAGAGCCCAUCCCUCAUCUUCACCAACCGGCAUGAGGUGCGGAAGAUAGACCUGGUGAAGCGGGACUACUCUCGCCUCAUCCCCAUGCUCAAGAAUGUUGUGGCACUAGAUGUGGAAGUUGCCACCAAUCGCAUCUACUGGUGUGACCUGUCAUACCGCAAGAUCUAUAGCGCCUACAUGGACAAGGCCAGUGACCCGGCCGAGCAAGAGGUCCUCAUCGACGAGCAGCUGCACUCCCCGGAGGGCCUGGCGGUGGACUGGGUGCACAAGCACAUCUACUGGACCGACUCGGGCAAUAAGACCAUCUCAGUGGCCACAGUUGAUGGCGGCCGCCGCUGCACCCUCUUCAGCCAUAACCUCAGUGAACCCCGGGCCAUUGCUGUCGACCCUCUGCGAGGGUUCAUGUAUUGGUCUGACUGGGGGUACCAGGCCAAGAUCGAGAAGUCUGGGCUCAACGGUGUGGACCGGCAAACACUGGUGUCAGACAACGUUGAAUGGCCCAAUGGAAUCGCCCUGGAUUUGCUGAACCAGCGCUUGUACUGGGUGGACUCCAAGCUCCACCAGCUGUCCAGCAUCGACUUCAGUGGCGGCAACAGAAAGAUGCUGAUUUCCUCCACCGACUUCCUGAGCCACCCUUUUGGGAUCGCUGUGUUCGAGGACAAGGUGUUCUGGACAGACCUGGAGAAUGAGGCCAUUUUCAGUGCAAAUCGGCUCAAUGGCCUGGAAAUCUCCAUCCUGGCUGAGAACCUCAAUAACCCACAUGACAUUGUUAUCUUCCAUGAGCUGAAGCAGCCAAGAGCUGCAGAUGCCUGCGAGCUGAGUGCCCAGCCUAAUGGAGGCUGUGAGUACCUGUGCCUUCCUGCUCCUCAGACCUCCAGCCACUCUCCUAAGUACACGUGUGCCUGUCCGGACACAAUGUGGCUCGGCCCAGACAUGAAGAGGUGCUACCGAGCACCUCAAUCUACCUCAACUACGACGUUAGCCUCUGCCACAACGAGGACAGUACCCGCCAUCACAAGAGCCCCUGGGACCACCGUCCACAGCCCCACCUACCAGAACCGCAGCACAGAGACACCAAGCCCGGCGGCUGCGGUCCCAAGCUCAGUUAGUGUCCCCAGGGCUCCCAGCAUCAGCCCGUCUACCCCAAGCCCUGCAACCAGCAACCACUCCCAGCACUAUGGGAAUGAAGAUGGUAAGAUGGGCUCAACGGUCACUGCUGCUGUCAUUGGGAUCAUCGUGCCCAUAGCGGUAAUAGCCCUGCUGUGCAUGAGUGGCUACCUGAUCUGGAGAAACUGGAAGCGGAAGAACACCAAGAGCAUGAAUUUUGACAACCCAGUAUACAGGAAAACAACAGAAGAAGAAGAUGAAGAUGAGCUCCAUAUAGGGAGGACUGCUCAGAUUGGCCAUGUCUAUCCUGCAGCAAUCAGCAGCUUUGAUCGCCCACUGUGGGCAGAGCCCUGUCUUGGGGAGACCAGAGAACUGGAAGACCCAGCCCCUGCCCUCAAGGAGCUUUUUGUCUUGCCGGGGGAACCAAGGUCACAGCUGCACCAACUCCCGAAGAACCCUCUUUCCGAGCUGCCUGUCGUCAAGUGCAAGCGAGUGGCAUUAAGCCUUGAAGAUGACGGACUACCCUGAGGAUGGGACCACCCCCUUCGUGCCUCAUGGAAUUCAGUCCCACGCACUACACUCUCUGGAUGGUGUAUGACUGGAUGAAUGAGUUUUUAUAUAUGGGUCUGUGUGUGUGUAUGUGUGUGUGUAAUUUUUUUUUUAAUUUAUGUUGCGGAAAGGUAACCACAAAGUUAUGAUGAACUGCAAACAUCCAAAGGAUGUGAGAGUUUUUAUAUGUAUAAUGUUUUAUACACUUUUUAACUGGUUGCACUACCCAUGAGGAAUUCAUGGAAUGGCUACUGCUGAGUGACUAACAUAAUGUACAUAACCAAAUGGGGGCCGAUGGUACAGUACCUUACUCAUCAUUUAGAAACUAUAUUUACAGAGGAUGUUUGAUUUGGGGGGACUUUUUAGGUUUAGGGGUUUUGUUUUUUGUAAAUAAGAUGAUUAUGCUUUGUGGCUAUCCAUCAACAUAAGUAAAAAAAGAAAAACCACUUCAACUCCCUCCACCAUUUAGAUUAUUUAUUAACAUAUUUCAAAAAUAAGGUUAGUUCUAUAAGUAAUUUAGAGAAGUGAGAGUAUUUAUUUUUUGUAUGAUUGGCCCACCAUGCAGACUCUGUGUGUGUACAUGACUGCGUGUUUCUAUGUGUAUGUGUGUGACAGAGAAAAAUCUAUAGAGAAGAGGCACACCUAUGGCUAUUGUUCAAAUACGUAAAGAUAACUUUAUUUUAAAGCAGUCCACAAGAGGGGUAUCCAUAGUUUUCAGAGAUAACUUAGGAAAUUAGACUCAGAAAGCAUACCGUGGUUUGUGCAAACACGUAGUGGAAGAGGUAGAUAUUUCCAUGUCUGGUUGUUCCUGAGACUCUAGUAGGUCAGGAAAAGCCAUGGCUGCUGUGACUUCCACCUGGGCUUUCUUGGCUGUGGCUAAGGUCAGUGUACAGACAUUACACAGUGCCAGAGCUCUCAUGAACUGGAGAUAGAACAGGCCUAAAUCUCAACUACUCUUUGUCUUAAAGUUCAGCUCUUUGAGUAACUUCUUCAAUUUCUUUCAGGACACUUGGGUUAAAUUCAGUAAGUUUCCUCUGAAACACCCAGAAGGGUGCCACUUUACCUACAGAGCUAAGUGGAGAUGUUUCCAGAAAGGGCCAAGUUUACUGUAGAGAAUGGCCCAGGCACUGAACCUCUGAGACAUGCCGUGGAUGAGGAUAAGGACGGUGGAAUAGAUUUUAUUACAUCUCUUAUUACAUCUCCCUUCCCCUCAUUCUCUGCCAUUUCCUUUAGGUAGGGAAAACAUUUUAAAGUAAUAAAUAGGUUUCUUACCAUCAUACAUUCAUGUAGAUGAAACUAAUUUUUGGCUUAAGUCAGAAAAAGUAGCCAAACCUGAAGUCAUAUUUGAGGGGGGAAAUGGCAUACACGCUAUUAUAGUAUAUUGGAUAUAUAUGUUCACACAGAAAUUUGGUUUACUACUUUGUAAAUAAAAGGAAAAAUUCUGGGUA